GGCUUUCGUUUGGCCAUCCAACAUCAACUUUGUCGUUAUGUUGUGGAACUGUGUCCUGCUACUGAGCUCGUUUGUUGCUGCUCUACCAAAAGCAGCUGAAAAGCGCGAAACUCUUAAUCUCCCUUUUACGACCAAAGGAAGAGACAUCUUCGAUAGCAAUGGGGAUAUUUUCCAUUACAAAGGCACCAAUUGGCCAGGCCACCAGGAGAUAAUGAUCCCGGAAGGUCUCCAACAUGCUUCUAUCGCCGAUGUCGUCUCUUGGAUCCCCAAGUUCGGACUCAACUCAGUCCGCAUGACAUUUGCGAUUGAGAUGAUCGACGAUAUCUACAGUAACAACACCAAUCAAACACUUGAGAGGUCCGUUAUCAACGCGUUGGGCAAAGAAAAUGGCACCCUGGUUUUAGAACAGAUCUUGGAGCACAACCCGCAGUUCACGAAUCAGACAACGAGGCUGGAGGUUUGGGAUGCCGUAGCGAAGGAGCUCGCCGCACAAGAUGUAGUCCUUCACCUUGACAACCAUGUAUCCAAAGCUUUCUGGUGCUGCGGCGACAACGAUGGGAACGGUUGGUUUGGGGAGAAGUACUUCGAUGUCGAGAACUGGAUCCGCGGAUGGUCGUUCAUCUCAGCUCAUGCAAAAGAGAACUGGCCCACAUUUGCAUCAGUGGGGCUCCGCAAUGAGCUUCGCAAAGCAAGCACUUCCGAGCCGGUCGACUGGUAUACCUGGUAUGUCCACAUGACAGCAGCUGCCAAUGCAGUCCACGAGGCUGCUCCCGGUGUUCUCAUAUUCUUCUCCGGGCUCAGCUAUGAUACGUUCAUCGACCCGAUUCCUCUGGGCAAGACACUGAGCGGAACUGCUGGAACCGCGACGGCGAACAAAACCGCCAAGUUCAUCCCUAGCGACUUUGCCUGGGAAAACAAGAUUGUGCUCGAACUCCACAAGUAUGACUUUGAGGCUACGCAAAACCCUUGCCCUACGUUCAAAGCCAACUGGUACAAGCAAGGCUUCCAAGCCGUAAAUGCAUCUGACCCUGCCACCAAGUAUCUUUUCCCUGUUGCAAUCACUGAGUGGGGCUUCAUCCAAAAUGGAACGUAUUGGAAUCAGACAACGUACAACAAGUGUUUGAUUGAGAUGGUAGAAGACUACCAAGUCAGCUGGAUGCAGUGGGAGAUCUCCGGCAGCUUCUACCUGCAGACAAGACCGAACAGAACACCGAACACGCUUCAGGGAUCUGAGGAGUUCUGGGGAUUGCUGAAUUACAACUGGGAUGGAGUUCGCGACCCGGUGACGAUCGAGAACAGCUUGGAUAAGAUGAUUGCAGCCCUGGGAUGA